AUGAUAAAAAGUUUGUGUUCCAAUUUGCCGCCAUCGGCGAAAAUAGUCACUAUCGAGGAGCUUAGUAGGGCACAACGGGCCGAGGGACCUGCUAAUGUGUUGGCCAUCGGAACAGCCAAUCCUUCUAAUUGUAUCGAUCAAAGCACCUAUCCUGACUAUUUUUUUCGUAUCACUAAUAGUGAACAUAAGAGUGAACUUAAGCGAAAGUUUAAGCAAAUGUGUGCUAAAUCAAUGAUUAAGAAGAGAUACUCACACUUAACCGAGGAAAUCUUGAAAAAGAAUCCUAACAUUUGUAAAUAUAAUGCACCUUCUCUUGAUGCUAGACAAGAAAUAACAAUUAUUGAGGUUCCAAAACUUGGCCAAGAGGCAGCCCAAAAGGCUAUCAAUGAAUGGGGCCAGCCCAUAUCUAAGAUUACCCAUUUGAUCUUUUGCACCACUAGUGAUGUGAACAUGCCAGGAGCUGACUACCAACUCACUAAACUUCUUGGGCUUGAUUCAUCAGUUAAGCGAUUCAUGUUGUACCAACAAGGUUGUUCUGGUGGUGGAACUGCUCUUCGAUUGGCUAAGGACUUAGCUGAGAAUAAUAAAGGUGCUCGAGUUCUUGUUGUUUGCUCUGAAUUAAUCAACUUGAUGGGCUUUCAGGGCCCAAGUGACACUAAAUUAAGUGUUUUGGUUGGACAAGCUCUUUUUAGUGAUGGGGCAUCCGCUGUUAUUAUUGGAUCAAAUCCAAUUAUAUCAAUAGAAAGACCUUUAUUUGAACUUGUAUCCACAAUUCAAACUCUUAUUCCUGAUAGUGGAUAUGCAGGUUAUUCUAAUCUAAGUGAGGCAGGAUUGAUAACCUAUAUACAUAAGGAUAUUCCAAUGCUAGUAGCAAAAAAUAUUGAGAAGAUCUUAGUGGAAGUAUUUCAGCCUCUUGGAAUUUCUAAUUGGGAUUCCAUUUUUUGGGUAGCUCAUCCAGGUGGACGCGCGAUUUUGGAUCAAAUUGAACUAAAAUUGGGCCUAAAAUCUAAAAAACUCGAAACUACAAGGCAUGUGUUGAGCGACUAUGGGAACAUGAGCAGUGCUACUGUAUUAUUUGUUUUGGAUGAGAUGAGGAAAACUUCUAUCAAGGAAGGAUUGUGUAGCACGGGUGAAGGCCUUGAGUGGGGUGUGCUUUGUUGUUUUGGGCCUGGCUUAACUAUUGAGACGAUUGUCCUUCGUAGCAUUUCUAUUUAA